AUGAAUGACUUUGAAUGGUUAGACGAAUAUGAUACGUUACUCGAGAAGAUCGCGGAGACAGAUGUGGUCGAGACCGAAUGGCCGAAACUCAAGAAUAUCGUAAGACAUAAAGUGGAGAAGAACAUGGAAGCAUACCUCGCAGAUACGGAAGAGCUGCGCAAGGCCUACAUAGUCCCGAUGUCCUUUGCCAAUGGUGGUAUGCAGCCCAAUGGAGGCCUUCGAUUGCCGCCAUUCCAGACGACACGUCGGGAUGAGCCUGGGCCUAUAGACCCACCAACGCACUUCCUCACCGCCGAGGAGGUAGCUUCAACGCGGAGCAUGCUCUUCGAGCAGCUCGACACCUUUGAUGGAACUCCAUUCACAAUGCAGCGUAUCGCUGAGCUCUGUCUGCGUCCACGCGCCAACUACUCUGCGCCGGGAAAAUACCUACGUGCAUUAGAGCGAGUCUUCUUCGUGACGUCCGCGCACUCUUCUUUCCCCCCAUUGCCACCUGGCCCACCAACGGGGACAACUUCUCUUGGACCUAUAGCGUUCAACAACGACUCGACACCCAGUACGCCUCUGUUCUCGCCGAUCCCAUUCUUACAUCGCCCAACGAGUGCGCCACCAUCACCGCUUGUACUCGGCGGCGAUCCUGGAUCCUCCGGCGCCAUCCCACCUAUCGAUGUCGGCACGCCCGCCCUCGGACUCGUAGAUGAGAUGGACGAUCCUGGCCCUGGACACUUAAGCGACCGACCAACAGCGUUGACCUCAACGACGAGUGUUUCUGACGAACCGGGACCAAUGAGUCUUGAAUCGCGCUUCGUUCGAGGGUCGGAUGAGCUUGGAGAAUCCGAGGGAGAGCCAGCGGCCAAGAAACCGCGCACGGGUGGCGAGCCGGAGACUCCUGAACCGGCAACAGAUGCUGGGGCAUCUGAAGAGCAGGAUGGCGACAAGGAGAACAAGACCUGA